AGGACUCCAGCUGUGGGUCCAGAUGUUCGGACCGUGAGGCUGACGGAUCCCUGCCGGUCUGCAGACUCUGCGCUCCGGCUGGCACUGGCCUCCUCCUCCUCCUCCUCCUCCUGCCCUGCAGCCGGUCCUGAACGGUGUGAACAUCAUGCGGGACCCGAGGGGAGCGGAGCGGGGCAAACAAGCCACCUACACCGGGGAGAAGAAGGCGAAGCUGGUGGCCAAAGCCAGCAAGAAGUGGGUCAGACUGGCCACCGUGGUGGUCUACGUCCUGUCCGUGUCUCUGGCUGCAGUCAUCCUGGCUGUUUACUACAGUCUCCUCUGGAAACCCACAGCGGGACGCGGACUGACCCGGACAGGGACCGUGGAGCCGGGAGCAGGGAUCUCCAGGACUGAAAUGGAUGCACCUGGUACAAGAAGUCAUAAAAAUAAUCCAAAUAAACUGAAAUGUAAGAAUAAUAUUAGACAGAUGAAGACCAGGAACAACAGCUCUGUUCAUAUUUAUAAAGACACGAAGAAACCUGAUCAAACCACUUAUGACAGACACAGAACCGGUUCAGUGGAGUCCUCUCCCGGGGACUCCGCUCAGGUUCCCUCGGUCCCCUCCACCGGACGGGACGCACCCCUUCAGUCCGGACGGAGCUUCACCUCCACGGCCAUGACCACCGCUGAGCAGCCCGCUUUGACCGCGCAGGAUCCGUCCAACCUGCCGACACACACCGGGACACACCGGGACCCGGAGACGGACUCCUCCGGGUCCGGGAUGCAGGAGCUCAGUGACGCAGGAGAGCUGGUUCUGAGGAUCAGAUGAAGACAGAUGACUGACUGUCACUUCAUUUCUUUCUACACUUUAUGACUGUCCUUAUAAACACUGCUGUCCCUCCUCUAGACCAUGAACUAGAACUCCUCCAGAACUCCUAAAAUCCGUCUUUCCAGCUUGCUUUCUAUGUUCAGCCACUUCUCAGAAGCCCUCUGGACUCAGUCCAGUGAAAGAACUAGAGAUAAAACCUGCCUUACUGAGAGUAACCACUGACCUUCUCCUGGUUCAUCCUCGUCCUGCUCGAUCUGGCUGCCGCCUGCGACACCGUCCAUCACGCUGCUUUAUUUCAUGGGUUGUGUAGCUGUGUUGUUGUCUGUGGUUCAAAAUGUUUCUGUUCCUUUUCACUUUAUGUGUUCGUUCAUUUUGAUUUUCUGGUGUGUUUUAAGAAGUGAUACAUUAACGAAGCUUUACUUUCUUUAUAUUUUGGUGUUUGGGCCCUUUAGAGGAAGACUAAUGAAACAGAAACGUUAAGAAACUUUCUUUUCUGUGAUCGUCUCAGUCGACAACCAGUUCAUCUUAUUUCUCUUCAUGAAAGAUCUGAAAGUCACAAUCAACUGAAAACUCACACUUCACUUCACACUUUGAAAUGACUCUUUAUCAAAUGUUCACUCAGAGUUGAACAA